GAUGGUAAAAGCAUCAUGUUAUGACAAAAAUGGAGUGAAAAAAGGUGCUUGGAGUGAAGAUGAAGACAACAAGUUAAGAGCCUACAUCCAGAGAUACGGUCAUUGGAACUGGGGUUUACUUCCCAAGUUUGCUGGUGUGUCUAGAAGUGGUAAGAGCUGCAGAUUGAGAUGGAUGAACUACCUCCGCCCAAACAUGAAACAUGGAAAUUUUACAAAAGAAGAAGAUGAUCUGGUUAUUGAUUUACAUAACAAGCUAGGCAACAAAUGGUCAGCAAUAGCUUCAAAGUUGCCAGGAAGAAGUGACAAUGAAAUCAAGAAUCGUUGGAACACACAUUUGAAGAAACGAGCUCUGAUCAGUGAUCACCAAACUGUGGCUGAAAAUGAACACAUUGGAACCCUUGAAUCCGAUGAUCAGGCUAACGUAAACGAAAAUCCAUUCAAAGAAAUAGAUGUAGAACUUGAUCAGCAGGAAGUUGACAGUUUAUUGGCAGAAAUAUUAUCUGAUGAAUCACCAUCAUCUUCUUCACGCACAGAAUUAUCAUCGUAUCCAGAUUAUGGGGUUUUAAGUGAUCUUUGGCCACAAACAUUUCAAGACGAAGUGGUUGGUAAUUUUUGGACGGAGCCAUUUCUACCAGAUAAUGGUGGCAUCGGACCAUCAAGCGAAACCUUAUUGUCACCUUUUAAUUUUGUCAAUGAUUUCAUCUCUCAACCACCUUCUUGCCAGGAUAUGAUGAUGACCAAUGAGUUUUAUUGGUCAACUUUGGAUACAUAUGUAGACGACAAUAUGGAUUUCUUAAAUUGA